CCCGUCUCUUCUUCUGCACAGUCCACACUGUUCACUUCCGGCCCCCUCCCCCGCACCUCCCUCCGAUCCCCCAAAUCCCGAAUUGACCAACCCAAAGCCGUCGCCCCGCAUGGAGUGGACGGCCCCGAAGCGCGCCGCCUCGCCGCCCUCGCCUCCGCUCCUCUGGGACUGGGGAGGAGACCACGCCGGCGCCACGGGCUCGGGCUCGGGCUCCUCCGGCGACGCCCCGGCGCGGCGCGGCGGGAGGGAGCGGGAGGCGAAGCGCGCCAGGGCCGACGACGGCGAGGUGAGGUGCCAGGUGGAGGGGUGCGGGCUGGACCUCAGCAGGGUCAAGGAGUACCACCGGAAGCACCGCGUCUGCGAGGCCCACACCAAGUCCCCCCGCGUCGUCGUCGCCGGUCAGGAGCGGCGCUUCUGCCAGCAGUGCAGCCGAUUUCAUGCCCUGUCAGAGUUUGAUCAGAAGAAGAGGAGCUGCAGGAGGCGUCUGUCUGAUCACAAUGCCCGCCGCCGGAAGCCUCAGCCAGAUGCAUUCGCCUUUGCCUCUGCAAGGCUGCCUUCGUCGUCGUUCGACUUUCCAGGACGAAAACGAAGGGGCCUCCUCCGGAAAGAUAAAAGCAUUUCUUUGUUUCCAGAUUUCCCAAGCUGCUAUUUGCACAACAAGUUUAGUAAUAUGAUAGGAGGCAAAUAAGUUUUGUCUGGAAUAAAGCUCCUGUUAGCCAUCCUUUCACUUCUCCAUGGGACAGCUCAUCUGAGCUCCCUCAUGCAAAGGAAAUAAGAGAGGUGUCAACGAAAGUUGGGACAAUUACUGGACAAGUUCAUUUGGAUAAAUCUUACGUGUCCAAUGCUGUUCCAUCACUUACCCAUGGCAAAGAUGAGCCUUGGCCAAUGAAAGGUCCGGACAUGUCUAUAGCUGCUUCAAAAUUCGAUGGAGCACCGGAUCUUCAGCGUGCUCUCUCUCUUCUGUCAGUUGGCGCCUGCGGAUUGCCCGAUCCUGUACACCAAACAUCUUGCGUCAUCCAAUUCACUAGUGCCAGCGAGAACAGUGGCGACCUUCAUCUAUCACAUGGAGCGAACUCUGGUCUAGCGUCAUGCGGUGAUGGACAGCAUAUAGCUUCUCAGCCUCAGGCUCAGCUGGUUCGGUUUACCAUGGAUACCAGCAACAGUGUCUAUGAGCCCAGUUUCUUCAGUGUAAACCAGAUAAAUUAAGCGUUGAAGACACACGCCACUUGGUCAUUUGGAUAAAUAGCCCUGAAGAUGGCCUGAGCUUGUGCAAGAAGUUCUUCAACCAACCACCGGACAUAAGGAUCUAUCUGUUAAUGUUAUCUGUGUAUUUAUUAGCCAUACCUGAAUUAAGUUGAACCCAAUCUAGGCCAGCUUAUGUGCAAUAUGCAGUUCCAACCUGUGAUUGACCCAUUUUUUCUGUUGUUUCUUUGCCCGUGAUGUGACUGCUCUGGAACUUAAGUGUGAUACUGUUGUAGUUACACUUUACUGCCCUGACAAUCAUGUCAAACGGCUGGAU